UUCACCUGCAAAUUAAAUUAAGUUCCCCCAAUUUUUCACCAUGCCUACUUCUUCUUCUUCUUCUUCUUCAUCCCUCCCACAUUUUUCCAAAUCAGUGAAGCUCAAGUAUGUCAAAUUGGGGUAUCAGUAUCUCGUGAACAACUUCCUCUCCCUCCUCCUCGUGCCCAUCAUGCUCGCACUUGGAAUCCAGGUCUUCCAGGCCGGCCCCGACAAACUCCUCCGCCUCUACAGAGAUUCCAUGAAUUUGACCUCACUCCAGAUCAUCUGCUGCCUCUUCAUCAUCGUUUACGCCCUAACCCUUUUCAUCGUGUCCAGGCCCCGCACAAUCUACCUCGUCGACUAUGCCCUGUUCAAGCCCCCCAGGAGCUUCCGGGUUUCAUUCGCCGGCUUCAUGGAGCACGCCAAAAUGGCGCUCUUCACGGAGCCCAAGAGUGUGCAUUUCCAGAUGAAGAUCCUUGAGCGCUCGGGGCUCGGGGAGGAGACGUGCUUGCCCCCUGCUCUCCGCUACAUCCCUCCCUCGCCGACCAUGGCGCUCGCCAGGGAAGAGGCGGAGAUGGUCAUCUUCUCCUGUAUGGAUUCCCUGUUCCAGAAGACCGGCCUGAAGCCCAAAGACGUCGACAUUCUGGUGCUCAACUGCAGCCUGUUUUCGCCGACGCCGUCCCUGACGGCGAUGGUGAUCAACAAGUACAAGAUGAGAAGCAACAUCAAGAGCUUCAACCUGUCCGGGAUGGGAUGCAGCGCCGGCCUCAUAUCCAUCGAUUUGGCCGCCGACCUUCUCCGCCACCACCCCAACUCCAAUGCCGUCGUCAUCAGCACCGAAAUCCUCACCCCGAACAGCUACAUGGGGAAGGAACGAGCCAUGCUCCUCCCCAACUGCCUCUUCAGAAUGGGCGGCGCCGCCAUUCUGCUCUCCAAUCGCCGCGCCGACAGCCGCCGCGCCAAGUACCGGCUGUCGCAUAUCGUCCGGACCCACAAGGGCGGAGACGAUAAAUCAUACCGAUGCAUAGCGCAGGAGGAGGAUCCAGAUGGCCACGUGGGGAUCAAACUGAACAUCGAUUUAAUGGCGAUCGCAGGGGAGGCGUUGAAAUCGAACAUAACCACAAUCGGGCCCCUCGUCCUCCCGGCAUCGGAGCAGCUCCUCUUCGCCUUCUCCCUGAUCGGACGGAAAAUCAUCAACGCAAAGUGGAAGCCAUACAUCCCGGACUUCAAGCAGGCGUUCGAGCACUUCUGCAUCCACGCCGGCGGGAGGGCGGUGAUCGACGAGCUGCAGAAAAGCCUGGAUCUGACGGAGGAGCACGUGGAGGCGUCGAGGAUGGCGCUGCACCGGUUCGGGAACACGUCAUCGUCGUCGCUGUGGUACGAGCUGAGCUACAUCGAGUCCAAGGGGAGGAUGAAGAGAGGAGACAGGGUGUGGCAGAUAGGGUUCGGGAGUGGGUUCAAGUGCAACAGCGCCGUCUGGAAGUGCAACCGCACCAUUAAGACGCCCGUCGAGGGGCCCUGGGCGGACUGCAUCCACAACUAUCCCGUUCACAUCCCCGAAGUCGUCAAGCUUUGAUUUGAUUUGAUUUGACUUGACUCGAUCGAUUCUUACUUUUUUAUUUAUUGUUACCACAAUUUUAUCUUGUCAAUCUUAAAAUUUCUCUUAAAAGAAUUAUGUCCAAUAAAAUGUAAUAUUCUCUCAAGGGGAGGGGAGUAGUACGUUCCAGAGUUUAUAGUGACA